AGAUUGAUGCAUCAAGCCGCUCUUAAGCAUUCAAAGAAUCUUUGACUUAGAGAACUCUCCCUCUCUCAUCUCUCUCCUCGUUUCUUCGACGAUCAUCGCUCUCUCCCUCUCAGUUUCCUGCGAUCUCUCUCUCUCUCUCUCUCUCUCUCUCUCUCUCUCUCUCUCUCUCUCAAUUUCCAGGAAUCUCAUCUCUCAUCUCUCUCUCUCUCUGAAUUUCCCGCCAUCUCAUCUCUCAUCUUCCUCAUCUCUAUCUCUCCUGAUUCUUCUAUCAUCGCUCUGUCCCUCUCAAUUUCCUGCAAUCAGACCUCUCACUCUCUCAUCUCUAUCUCUCACCAUUUCUUCGAUCUUCGCACUCUCCCUCUCAAUUUCUUGAGAUCUGAUCGCUCUCUCCCUCUCAAUUUCCUGCAUCUGAUCUCUCUCUCUCUCUCUCUCUCUCUCUCUCUCUCUCUCUCUCUCUCUCUCUUCUUUUUCUGGGGAUUCGGAGCUCUCUCUCUGUUCUGGAACAAUGGCGAAUGCGCUUGUUUCAAUGGUGGUGAACAAACUUCGAGAAGAGGUUUAUUUGGUUGGUGAUGCCAGAGAAGAACUUAUAAAGUUAUCUUCUACAUUGGAAUCCAUUCAAGCACUUCUUAAUGAUGCUGAGAUUAUGCAAUUUCACAAUGAAAGCAUGCAAGUUUGGUUAAAAAAGCUCAAAGAUGUGGUUUACGAUGUGGAGGACGUGGUUGAUGAGAUGAUUCCAUUUCCAGAAUCUGAAUCAGGAACCCACAACGCUGACGAUCGACUCAUGGGAAACCAGGCAUGGGCGUGCUUAUUUUCACUCUUUUCAUGUUGCGGUCUAGAAGAUUGGAUAAGGUUGGCCCAUGAAUCAAUGUCCGAAGGCGACGACAUCGGAGAUAAGGUGCGGACAUUUGUCAGUAAAGUCGCAUCACAACGCGAUUUUGCUCGUCAGAUAAAACAAGUUAGGGUCAAGCUGGAUCAGAUUGCAGCUGACACAAAUAAGUUCAGUUUUAAGGAGAAUCACAGUUUCCGUGGAGGUAGUCAGCUUCACAAGGCCGAGUCUCAAACGAGUUCGCUCGUAGACGAAUCGAAGAUGUUCGGGAGAGACAGAGACAAAGAUAUCAUAAUAAGCAAGUUGGUCAGCGGGAGCAGUUCUGAGGAGGGAGGAAUUCAUGUCAUUUCGAUAGUAGGCGUUGGCGGGUUGGGCAAGACGACUCUUGCUCGAUUGAUCUUCAAGGAUGAAAGGGUAAGGAGCCAUUUCGAUGUGUUUCUAUGGGUUUGUGUUUCUGAUAAUUUUGAUGUCUUCAGGCUUACCAAAGCAAUUCUAGAAGAUGCAGAACGGGUAAAUACUCCGCUUACUGAGCUAAACCCAUUACAAAAUAAGCUUGUCGAGACAUUACAAGGAAAACGGUUCUUGCUUGUCCUUGAUGAUGUGUGGAACGAUAAGAGUGAAAAGUGGGAGCAACUACGGCCUUCCUUUCAAAAAGAUGCUCCCGGAAGUAAGAUUUUGGUCACCACUCGCAGCGAGAAGGUUGCAAAUACAUGCAGGCCGUCCGCCUACAUGCAUAAAUUGGAAGGUUUAUCUGAUGAUGAUUGUUGGUCACUGUUCAGUAGCAGAGCUUUCACUGGGAGGAAAGUGGUAGAUUGCCUGGCGUUAGAAAAGAUCGGAAGAGAGAUAGUGAAGAAGUGUAAAGGAGUGCCUCUUUCGUUAAAGGUAAUUGGAAGCGCCAUGCGUUCCAAGAGGACGGCACAAGAUUGGCAGGACAUCUUGGAAAGCAAAACAUGGGAAAUACCGAAGAUCGCGCAAGGUAUCUUACCGGCUUUAUUGCUGAGCUAUUAUAGUCUGCCUGUCCAUUUGAAGCAGUGUUUUGUAUAUUGUUCGGUAUAUCCUAAAGAUCAUGAGAUGGAGAAGGAUAAAUUGGUCAAGUUGUGGUUAGCUCAGGGUUUCAUCAAGCCCGAUGGAAAAAGAGAGAAGGAAGCAAUUGGCGGAGAGUACUUUGAUGAUCUACUGGCGCGGUCUUUGUUUCAAGAUGCAGUGUAUAAAGGAUUUACAAUGCAUGAUCUCCUUCAUGAUCUCGCUCAAUUCAUUACAAAGAAUGAAUAUUGCAUCUUUGAGAAUGGAAAGUCAGACUCCAGCUUUGUUACGGCCCGUCAUUUAUCUUUUAUUGUCAACUGGGAAACUCCGGAAAUUCCAGCCGCUCUAUGUGAUGCUAAAAAAUUGCGAACAUUGCUCCAAAUCGGACGUUCAUUAUUGGGACGUUCAUCAAUUAGUACCAUCCCUGAUAAUUUAUUCCAAUGCACUAGGUCCCUUAGGGCAUUGGAUUUUGGUGGUACUGGCAACGGCAUGUCCUAUUUUCUGAGCAUGAGCAUUAAAGAAUUGCCAAGCUCUAUUGGGUUGCUGAAGCAUUUACGAUAUCUUGACUUGUCUUAUUCGAAGAUAGUUGAGUUGCCAGAAUCAGUGACUCUUCUCCGCAAUUUGCAGACCUUGAAUUUGAAUCAAUGUUGGGAGCUCGCUAGAUUACCAAGAAGGAUGGGCAAACUGGUUAGCUUGAGACAUCUGGAAAUUGAAGGCACAGCAAAACUAAAGUACUUACCAGAAGGGUUGGGGAGAAUAAGUUCCUUUCGAACAUUGAGUAGGUUUAUCGUGGGAGGCGAUGGAGGAUGUAAGAUUGGAGAGCUGAAGCGACUUGACUCUCUCCAAGGAAAGCUACGAAUAGAACACUUGGAGAGAGUGGCGAGUGUGAAUGAGGCUAAGGAAGCACAGCUGGAGAACAAGUUACAACUUCGUGUAUUGUCUCUAUAUAUGUCACCAGAUGAUGCUCUUGAAAUGUCAGGAAAUGGUGAGGUGGAGAGGAUGGAAAAUGUAGUUGAAGCCCUCCGGCCGCCACUUGCUAACCUAGAAGAGCUGGAAAUUUGCAGGUACAUUGGUUACAAGUUCCCAACCUGGAUAGGAGAUUAUUCAUCUUUCUCAAAUUUAGUCAAGUUGAAAUUAAAAGGUUGCAAUAACUGUACACAGUUGCCUGGGCUAGGGAGUCUACCUUCGCUCGAAUACCUUGAAAUAACGACAGGUCUUGUAAAACGGGUGGGAAGUGAGUUUUACGGGAAUAGCAGUGGUGGGGGCAUAAACGGGGUGGCAUUCCCGAAGCUGAAAAGUCUCCGGUUCAUUGACAUGUAUGAAUUGUUGGAGUGGGAGUUGAGCUUAGAAGAUGGAGAUAUAAUGCCGUCUCUACACUCAUUAACAAUUGACAAAUGCCCAAAAUUGAAGGCACUGCCGACACACCUCCCGAAAAGUCUAACGUCCCUCUACAUCUGGAGAUGUUAUGAAAUUAUUUUGUGGCCAUUAUCGAACCUCCCAAGCCUUGAGACGUUUUAUAUGUCUUAUUUAGAAAACAUGAUGUGUCUCCCCUACGGAUGGAAACAAUUAGAGUCACUGGGAAGCCUUACUAUCAGCUAUUGCUCUAAAUUGAGGUCUCUUCCUGAUGAUUUGGGACAACUCAAGUCGCUUAGGAGUCUCCAGAUCGAGGAGUGCCCUGAGUUGCAGUCAUUGCCUCAAGGGUUGCGGGGCCUUACCUAUCUUGAAAUCAUCGACAGUCCAAUGCUGGCGGAGAGAUGCAGAGGGGAGGAUCGGAGCAACAUAUCACACAUCCCAAGCAUCGAGAUUGAUUACGAAAGAAUCAAAUAAGGCGGUGAAGAUGAGAAGAUCCAUCAGGUAGACAAGGUUCAAAGAAUAUCACGCACAACCAG